CUUAAGCCACACCCAGCAUAAAUAUGGUAUAUAAUUAUUCCCUGAAUCAGUCCAUAAAUAUAUUAAAUUACAUAGUAUCUAUGAUCAGUCAGUCUCCGGGGUGUUAAAAUACAAUGGCUGCUGAGAGCAUUGAGAUGUUGGUCCCUCUGGAUAGUCGAGAUGAUAAUCAAGACCUACCUGACACCCGGCUUGACAUCAAAGAGACGGGCGUGAAUCAAUUUUCUGAUGCUGAAUCAAUCGACUAUGCAGAUGACCCGUAUAAAUUUCUCUCUGAAGACAUUUGGUCGAGAAGGAAAAGUCUGAAAGAGAUCAAAAUUAAGCUGACCAACACAAAGGAGAUAGCUGGGUACAUACAACGUGCUGGGAAUAAUGACAAGGCUCUGCUCAAUGUGAUAUUGGAGACAGAUUUUGCAAAAUUUCCUGAGGCUAGAAUUGGCCUAUAUGUGACUGAGCUGAUUCAGAAAGGUGCGGAGGUUAUGGCCACUGAUGAGGAAGGAAACACACCCCUCCAUCUAGCAGCUAGACGAGGUUUACCUGACGUGGCCAAAGAGCUCCUUCGUUGGGGGGCCGACCCUCACACAGAAAAUAAUGACGAGAAAGUACCGCUGGAGAUAGCCAUUCUUCAAGCUCUUGAAAUACAAAGUGCAAUGCAGAACUCGAUCGAUAGCGUUGAUGACUACAAUGCUUUUGCUGUACUCAUGUGUCGAGAGAUGAAGCCAGCUAAGGUGCGAACUUUGUUCUUGUCUCGAGUUGAUAACGAACCUCAACUGAGUUUCCAUGAUCUGCUGGAUAGUGAGCAUUUGCAUGACACAGUGAGUGCUGUAAUGGACACACUGAUUGAGAGAAUACCUGGUCGCAAGCGAACGUAUACGGCGUACUAUGACCUAUUGGAGUGCAACAAAGAAGGACGGAUUGCCAGAAAUUCCACUUCUUCUCUUCGCCGAAAAUUGGGAAAGUCAGCCUUUGAGAAGAUUGCGUGGACUGGCAAUAAGGAAGCAGUGACUCAUAUGGUAGUUCGUCUAAUGAUGCAUAGCAAGUGGAGGCGUUUUGCCAGAAAUUUUCUCAUUAUCCAUUUCUUCUACUGGGCCAUCACAAUGGUGGCGAUCUCGACUGCUCUGACCAUUGCUGCUGAACAGCCGAAUCCUCAUCUUUAUGACCAGCCUGUGGACAUCUUCCGUGGCAUUUGUGAGGGGCUGGCCAUACUGCUUGUGACUGCAACCUCACUCACGGAGAUCUAUAACAUCUACCUGUGGAGGUUGACGUACUUUACAGACUACAGUUUCUUUUUGUACAACUAUCUCAAUCUACUCACCAUGAUCUUCAUCAUUGUAUUAAUUCCACUGCGAGCAUUCGCGUUAAACCAGCAAUGGAUAUUAGCCUGCUUGAUAUACGUGACCUACUCCAGCAGAGUCUUGAGAUACAUUACAGCAAUCAAGAUACUUGGGAAGUAUGUACAAAUCCUGUACCUGAUCAUCCAAAGAGAUCUUGUCCCCUUCAUUUGUACCCUUAUCAUUAUACUGUACAUCUUCACGGGUGGCUUCUAUUUUGCUUUAAGACAAGAGGUAGUUACUCCGACUCUCAUUACCCCAGUCUGUAACUUCACGGUGAUUGAAGCAGCUCUAAAUACAUUCAAUCUGACAGCAGCUCAAAUUCAAGAUGCAGUGAACACGUCGACAAUCCCAUUUCAGACUAGCCUUGAUAUCCACCCUGAUGAGACAAGAACCUACCCCCAAGUGUUUUUAACUGGAAUAAGAAUUGCCGUUGAGGGUCAAAACUUUCUCACCUACUUUGGACCAGGCGGCUUUGGUUGGCUGGGUGUAGUGACGUACCUGAUCUUCCUGUUCACGCUGGAGGUGGUCAUGCUCAACUUGCUGAUUGCUCAGAUGUCCGACACUUUCUCCAACGUGCAAGGAGAUGCUCAGCGCUCACUGGCUAUCAAUAAAGCCAGGACCAUAAUCAGCAUUGAGAAAACUGGACUCACUGUCUUGAAAUGUCUAACUGAUUUUUAUGAGUCUGAAGAAAAGUGGACAAACCCUCUAAAGCAUAUUGAGAAAUUGGAAAAUACCUCCAUUACCAACAUACACAGAAUCACACUCAAAACUCGGAAAAUUGUCAACCAGCAUAGCAGUGUUUUAGACGACUUGAGGGGCGCAUUUUCAGAGCAGAGCUUGACGACCAAUGAAAAGCUAGACAUGAUUCUAAGAAAUCAGCUGGAGUGCAAGAGCAAAUGACGUAGAUAUUGCAUGAUUCAAUGUGUAUACUUCGAUGGUUUAGCUAUAAUUAUGUAGUCUUAUAGAUCUUAUACUGUAGAGUUUAUUUUUAAACAGAUGUUAUAGUUAAUAGAUGACAUGUAUUUAUUUUAAUUUUAUGUCAAAGCCAUGCAAUAUACAUUGAGCUAUAAUAUACAUUUUAGAUGUA